AGAUCCGGGUAGUGAGUGGUACGAGGUGAACAACAUGGGAUUGCUUCACAAAUGGACUGACAUGAUCGGCGACUUCAAACGUAAUUUUUAAUGUGUGACACGUUAAAAAGAAUCCCAGUAUUUGAUUAACGUACUAAACUUGAAAUUAUAUAAGUGUUUAUAAUUUUGAACUAUCUUCUGGGACAGUUUACAAAAUGUUUGGAGAAAUGUUGGGCAGUUUAUUAAAUUAUUUCUGGAAAAUUUUAAAAGUGAAUUAAAUGAACAACAAUUUAAACAACAAUGACUGAUAUGACGAUGUCUCUUGAAAAUCAGUUUUUUAAAAAAUAAGACAGUCUACAAAGCCUAUGAUCAUAACGCAUGACUGUGUGCUUGAAGAUCCUAUAUUACAACACUGCGUUCAGUUGUAUCCGUUUCAUAAAAAAGUAUAAUUACUUUCAAAUUAUUACUACAUGCACUUUAUUAUAUUUAUUGUAUUGUAUAUUGUGUUAUAGUCGAUAAACCAUUUCAUUUUUAAUUCAAUGAAGUGAACGUAUACAGAUUUACUGCGAACAUUGCUGUGAAGGGGAAAUUAAAGAAAAGAAACUGGCAUGAAUGACGCCUCGACGCAACGAAAUGACUUCAGUUGCAUCGUUCAUCGUAUUAGGUGUUUUGCCAAUAAUCAGUACUGCACCAGCAAUUGAUGAAGGUGUGUUGUGGAUACUGGGGGAAAGUAACAGUUCAGAUGAAGCUUCUGUGGCUCUUCUUGUUGGCUCUGAAGGGGACUAUUUGUCAUUCUCCUGCAAUGAGAAGGAAGAUGGGUUGUACCGAGAUCCAGCCUCUUGCAGCCUUUAUUACAGGUGUUCUCAUGGCAGUCGAGAGGUUUACAAGUGUCUGGAUGGCUACCUGUUUAACGCAGAGACAGGGCAUUGUGAAGAAGAUACGAAUGUCACCUGUGUUGAGGCAUUAUUUGAUCCAUGUAAGAGGCGGGGUGAUGGUAUAUAUGCAAACUUCAGCACCAAUUGCCAGGAUUACUAUAGGUGUGAGCGUCAUGCAUUGACCAACAGCUACUCAUGUGGUCCAGGAUAUUCAUUCAGCAUCGUGACACACGGUUGUAUGGCAUCUAGUGAAGUAAUGUGCAUAGAGCCACACUGUGCCAUCACUGGCAGUGGAUUCUACAUUAUCCCGGGUACUGGCUGUCGUGCAUACUACCACUGUGACCAAGGCAUGCGCACGGAUUAUCUCUGUCCAUUGGGCACCAUCUACGACAGAAAUAAAAAGGCUUGUGCUCAAGAAGGUGGCUUGUGUUAUGAACCACUUUGUACUGGACGAAUCAAUGGCCAAUAUCCUGAUACCUCACACCACUGCGAGCGAUCUUUUGAAUGUUCUGGUGGCACCCUACAAGCCGUAUAUGGUUGCCUUGCUGGUCAACUACAUAAUGGUCAAAUGUGUUUACCUGCUGACACAGUGACCUGCCAAGCUCCUGAGAGCACUUCUGUGGCUAUUCAAGUGCCAACUUCUAAUCCCUGUAUGAACCUCUCUGAUGGUUCCCAUACUGCAGCACUGGAUGAUGACUGUCGCAGCUACAUCCUGUGUAAAAGAGGCCAAAAUAUUGCAACGCUUCGUUGUCCUGUUGGGCUUCGCCAUGAUGGCAGACAUUGCGCAGAUGCAGCCAAAACCCCUUGUUCGUCAGACUGUUUGCAACGCUCUGAUGGUUAUUAUACAGAUCUGAUAACUAGGUGCAGAAAUUACUUUUACUGUUCAAAGGGUCAGAUGACAGAACACAGGACCUGUCCAGAAAGCACACUGUAUAAUGGGUAUAUGUGUGUUCCUUCUCAAUUAUUCACCUGCCCCUUGUCCUCUCCAGCUCUUUCAAAUAAUAAUAACAAAUGUUCCUCUAAGACAGAUGGCUUCCACACAGAAUAUGCCACUGGUUGUCAGAGUUACUAUUUUUGCUUAGAAAGAAAACUAGUAUUGGAAGGUUCAUGUAUGGAAGGACAGAUGUGGAAUGGUAAGACAUGUGUAGAGCAAGGGAAAUUCUACUGCAAGGGACCUGAACCAUGGCCAGGUUGUCUGGGUAGGGAAGUAGGGUUACAUCAAGAUCAAAAAUCUCAGUGUCGUUACUAUUACUACUGUGAGAAUGGAAAUCGGACCCAGCUUUCAUGCCCUCAGGGUCAAUUGUUUGAUGGAAAGUUGUGUGUAUCUGCAGAUGAUUAUGAAUGCCCAAACAUAGAGCCUGACGUAUGUAACCAGAAGCCUGAUGGUUAUUAUCCUGAUAUGGAUUCCAGUUGUAGGUCAUAUUACUAUUGUUCCAAAGGAUACAGAUUCACAUAUGUAUGCCCUGAUUCUUAUGUUUUUGAUGGAAAAGAAUGCGUGGAUCCAAGUAACUACAAAUGUCCACGUACUUCAAGGGACUGCAUAUCUUUGUCCAAUGGGUACCACUAUGAUAAGGUUUCUGGAUGUCACAAAUAUUUCUACUGUUUAGAUGGUGAUAAGAUAACAACUCUUACAUGUGCAGGAAUUAAGGUAUUUAAUGGUGAAAAAUGUGUGGAACCUUCAGAUUUCCGAUGCCCUGACUCCAUUUCAGAAAAUUUCUGCGCUUCACGACCAGAUGGGCUCUUUGCACACACAGACAGCAGGUGCCAGAGAUAUGUUCACUGCAAGGAUCAGAAACAGAUGUCAAUUUCUACUUGUCCUGAUGGGAAGGUGUUUGAUGGGUCAGCUUGCAUUGAGAAUUCGAGUACAAAUGCUUGUGUUUCUGCAGUAGCUAAGCCUGAUCCUAUGCACAGUCCAGAUUGUACAAAUAUGUCUAAUGGAUUUUAUCAGAACUAUACCUCUGGUUGCCACAGAUAUUUCUACUGUAUUGAUGGCAUGAAGACAACUCUCACUUGCCGUGGUAAUGAGGUGUUCAAUGGGCAGUUGUGUGUCAGCUCUAAAUCAUAUACUUGCCCACAUGAGUCUACUGUUCACACAAGUCCAUGCAACACAAACAAUUCUGAACACAAAUCUAUACAAAGUGGAAAGUAUAUGAUUCUACAUAUCUUUCCUCCAACUUGAGAAAUACUAUUAGUCUAAUAAAAGCAAUGUUAUGAAUAAGUGUGCAUUCUUCUCAGGAUUAACAAACCCCAGCACUAAUGAAGUGUUCAGUUUUGUUCAUAAAUUUAAAGGUCAUAAAGACUUUAUGAUCAGCUGUAUAAUUACUAUUUCUUGUGUAUAUCAAACAUUUAAAAUGUAAAUUUCAACUAACAAGCACUGUUUGGAAGAUGUCAGACUCAUUAUGUAUGAAGCUAUGGUGAGACUGGACAGUGCCAAAGAUUAUUUUAUACUUUUUUUUUUAUUUUACAGGUUUUACUGUUAUUAUUUAUUCAUUCUUAACUGAUACAUACAAAGCAAUCCUUCACAUUCUGAUGUGAAUGCCCUUUGACCCAAAAGACAAUAGUGAACGCAUGCAUUAGAAUUUCCGUAUUGACAUUUUUGUGUGAACAGAGUAUUCUGUGUGUCUGGGCCCAUUCUCUGGAAUAUGCAUUCCUUUUGUCAUACACAUAUUUAUGUACUUUCCUUUGUAAUGUGUAAUAUAAUGAAGCCCAGGUGGAAAAUUGAAAUAUAAGAGACAACUAAAUAGAAAUAACAUCUCAUAUUAUGCAUUCCUUUAUAUGGCAAAACAUUUUUGGGAACUAUAAUAAAAUUAAAUAUAAGUAAAAAUAA